AUGUUGAUAUUGAAAUUAAUCUAUUGGAAUUUAAAAUCGCAUUUUGAACUAGCAGGCAAUGAUCCACGAAUGCACCAUUUAUUCUUUGUGAACAGUUACCGAAAUGUAUUGUUACUUAUCGCAGCAUAUAUUGUGUUUGUAAAGAAAAUCGGUCCAGCGUUAAUGGCCAAGCGGAGACCAUUUGAAAUUAAGCGCCUAAUACAACUCUACAAUCUUGGACAAAUUCUAUUAAAUACCUAUGUUUUUAUUGGGUUUAUGCGUCACUUUCUUCCUCAUCCGGCAUACGAUUGGUUUUGCAUGAAAAUUGAUAGCGAUGAUAUAUCACCGGAAACCAUGAAUCUAUUGCAUAUAACUCAUACAUGUUAUCUGACGAAAAUUUUUGAUGUACUGGACACAAUCUUUUUCGUUAUGCGCAAGAAAAAUCGACAGAUUUCAUUUUUACAUGUCUAUCAUCAUGCCACCAUGAUAUGGGCCAGUUUUAUAUAUCAUGUAAAAUUCUUUGGAACUGCCUACACAGCAAUCGGCCAUGUCAAUUCCUUUGUUCACAUGUUAAUGUACACUUACUAUUUUCUGUCAUCGUUGGACACAAAUCUCAACUUGGAUGCAUGGAAACCUCGAAUUACCGAAAUACAAAUUAUACAAUUCUUUUACUUUUCGAUUAAAUUCGGUUUGGCCAUCAUCAAUAACACAUGCGGCAUGUCGACUGGUUGGCUAGCUGUAUUAUUUAUACAAAAUCUAUUUAUGACAUUGAUGUUUUGUAAUUUCUAUUAUAAGACGUACAUUGCUAAAUCUAAGAAAGUGAAAAAAAUGAAUGAUCAAUAA